AUAAUGCGCUCUAUGAAAAUAUGAAGGGGCGUGGCUUGCAAGACUAAAGCGUGCAUUGUUUAUUGAUUGAUGGAUUACAAGCUUCUACAAGGCCAAGGCUAGGCUAGAGAGAAAGGUUGAAUCAUUCACAGGGCUGAGAUGGCCUCCACCACACAAGAGUAUUACCAGCAGUACUAUGCUCAAUACUACCAGCAGCAGCAACAGGCGCAGGCAGGUGGGGGAACCUAUCCUGCUGGCUACGCACAGAGCUACAGUCAAGCGUACACACCUCCUACACAGCCCCCACUUCCCACAGAGGACGCAAAGGCUCCUCCUCCUGAACCAGGAACUGACCCUCCUACAGACACUGGUGUACCUAUUGCCACGCAAGCACUAACUAGCAGUUAUUGGACAACACAGUAUCCACAGACAAGUCAGGCUUGGUCCCAAACUAGUCAACCUUACACCACAUGGUCGCAAACGAAUCAACCUAACACAACGUGGUCACAAACGAGUCAACCUAACGCACAGUGGUCGCAGACGAGUCAACCUAAUGCACAGUGGUCGCAAACAAAUCAACCUAAUGCACAAUGGUCGCAAACGAGUCAACCGAACGCACAAUGGUCGCAAACAAGUCAACCGAAUGCACAAUGGACUGGAUGGAAUCAACCUAACUACCAAUGGGGUUGGGGUGGUUGGCAACCUCCGUCUCCGUGGGUACCAGGCCAGACAGUGUGGGCGGGAACAGCACCCCCUCCUGAUACAGUGGUACAGCCUGAAGGUCGUGCUAAGAGUCCUGGCACUCCACCAUUGAGGGAGGGGGAUGUCCCCGCCAUUGAGACAACGGGGGAGCCCCUGUCUAAUCACUCGGUAACCAGGGAAAACCCCUCUCAGAGCCAAAGAGUUUAUGCUGAGUCAGCAAGUCUACUGGGAAGCAAACACAGUCGACCUGAGGGCAAUGAGGACAAUCUGAUAAGUGAGAAAAAGUCUCGUCGUGAGGGUAGUGUUCCCCCACAGCAGGAGGAGUCAAGUGGAGGAGUUGACAAGUGGCCACCCAAGCUGAAGGAGUAUGUUGCCCGAGCCUUCAGUGCGUGUACUAAGGAGGGGGAGAGGGAAUAUGUUCAUCGUGUGUUGGAUGAUGAGCUCAACAAAAUGUUCGCUGAUAAGACUCAGUGGAGCAUUGACUGGGACACCUACCCGCUACCAACAGAUCGUGUCCGUAAGGCCAAGACCUCUUCUCGUUGGGACACACCCUCCCCAACCCCUGACCUGACCCCUGAACCCAGUACAAGUGGACGAGGGAUACAUGCAAGGGUAGGUUUGGUAGGCAGCUCACCUGCCAGCAGGGGACGUGGUGAUGACGGAGCUGUGGGUAGGGGGAAAGUGGGCGUGGCAGAAGGGAGCCCUGUAGGGAGAGGAAGAGGGAAGAAGAAGAGAAACAAGAAGGGCAAGAGAUGGGGUACCCCGAGUGAGGAUCCUCCCAGUGCACAGGAUAGACAGCGGUUCAGUGAGCGUGCUCAGAGGUUUGGGAGACAGGGAGCAGCAGAGGGGAACAAGAAUAUCAAGAAGAAGAUAUCGAUUGAUGAGCUGCUCAAGAGGACCUUAACUUCUGGGGGAGAUGAUAAUUUAAUCUAUUGGCAGGAUACUAGCCUCGAGGGAACUUGUCAGAGCCUAGAGAAGCGAUACCUUCGAUUGACCUCAGCUCCAGAGCCGAGUGCAGUUCGCCCUCUCGCUGUAUUGAAGCGCUCUCUAGAUCAUGUGUGUCGCAAGUGGGAGACCAAGAAGGACUAUCAUUAUGCUUGUGAGCAGCUCAAAUCAAUCAGACAGGACUUGACUAUACAAGCUAUCCGCAAUAACUUCACUGUGUUGGUGUAUGAGACCCACGGUAGAGUAGCCCUUCAGAAUGGUGACCACCAAGAGUUCAACCAGUGUCAGACACAGCUUAAGAACCUUUACUCUGAGGGGCUGACUGGACACCAAGCAGAGUUCCUCGCCUAUAGAAUACUCUACUACAUACUCACGGACAGUUCAGCAGACAUGUCGUCAGCAAUGCUAGAGUUGACCCCUGACCUUCGGUCGGACCCAUGUGUUGAGCAUGCUUUGGGGGUGUGGAAUGCAUGGUCGCUAGGCAACUACACUAGGCUUUUUCGUUUGUACGCGUGUGGUCCCAGUUUGUCACAAGAGUUGAUGCGAUUGUUUGUCGAGCGUGAGAGAAAAAGUGCUCUUCGGGUGAUCAUUAGAGCUCCGUGGAGAUUGGACCCUCAAGCUUGUCUGAUGUCAACAAGAAUAUCAACCUCUCAAGAUGGACGCGCUCUUACACUGUUGUAUCCCUGCCUGGCCACACAAAGUUGUCUGGAUAUAUUCAAGCAGUCAGCCUAUUAUAAAGACGAGCUAAGUUAACACAAGUGCUCCCACAAGUUGUUCCUUUGUCCAAGUGCACACAAUUUGCCCUCCCUCAUACACAGCCAAUCAUGUAGUGUGGCCUGCCCAACUAUCCCUCACUCAUUCUGAUGUCAUGAACAAUCUAUCGAACUCCUACGCUCUCUCUCUCUGACGACCAACUCUCCUGCCUCUCUAUGUUUAUACACAUGCAAUAUUUUGUGUCAUGAGCUUCUUUUCAUUUGCUCCUGGUUGUGUGCAUGCUGACCUGUACAUGUAUAUGAGUGUGUGUGUUCCUAUUGACCUCUGGUUUGACCUCUGUAGGUACCGCCCCUCUGUGAGCGUAGAGAGAAUAACCUCUGAGCUUAAGUUUGGAUCACGUGACGAGUGUGUACAGUUCCUGAUUGAUGCCAAUGCUGUA